AUGGACAUCGCCCGUAUCAUCAAGCCGUGGCAGCGUCAACCGCACAAGGCAUUCGUCUUCACGAAUGCCACGAUUAUUGACCCGGUCGAGGGUGCACUGAUUCCCAAUGCAACCGUCCGAGUCGCCGACGGCAAGAUCGUAUCAAUCGACACAAGCGAGACAGCCACAGAAGGAAUCCCAGAGGAGGACAUCAUCGAUCUCAGUGGGAAAUACCUCUGCCCCGGUCUGAUCGAUUGCCAUGUCCACGUCGCCGUAGUCCCCGGCGAGGCAGAUCUCCGCGCCUACAAAGAUAUGACCGAGAAAGUCAGUUUGCUGCGUCAGCCACACGUCCUGAAGACUAUGAUUGAGCGCGGAUUCACCUCUAUCCGUGAUUGCGGUGGUGCUAGUCUGGCUGUGAAGGAGGCUGUUGAGGAUGGAGUCAUUCCUGGUCCUCGUCUUUUCAUUGCUGGGUUUGCCCUUUCGCAGACUGGUGGGCACGGAGAUAUGCGGGGACCGCAUUCGGAGGAGUUGUGCUGUGGUGGUACUAUCUCGGGUAUUAGUCGCAUUGUUGAUGGGCCGGCUGAGUGCUAUAAGUAUGCUCGUGAGGAGCUUCGACAGGGAGCUGAUUUCAUCAAGAUCAUGGGUGGUGGUGGUGUGGCAAGCCCUACGGAUCGCAUUGACCACAUUCAAUUCUCUGAUGAGGAGAUCAAGGCCAUUGUUACUGUUGCCAAUAAUGCUGGUACCUACGUGACAAGUCAUAGCUACACACCACAGGCAAUCCAACAGGCGAUCAAUUUGGGUGUCCGUGGAAUCGAGCACGGUAACCUGAUUGAUCUAGAGACUGCUAAACUGAUGGCGGAGAAGGGCACCUUCCUGACGCCCACUCUUAUUGCCCAUGUCAUGUCCAAGCAGAUGAACUUCCUCCCGGCCGAAAGUGCUGCGAAGAACGACGAGGUCCUGGAGAAGGGCUUACGCGCUAUGAAGAUGGCUGUUGACGUUGGAGUCACCGUCUGCUUCGGCACUGACCUUCUGGGACCGAUGCACUUCGCCCAGAGCAAGGAAUUCUCCGUUCGCAGCAAGGUUCUCACUCCUAUUCAGAUCCUGCGCAGUGCUACCAUAAAUGCUGCUCGUCUGAUCAUGCAGGAGGAUCGAUUGGGCCAGAUUAAGGAGGGAUUUACAGCCGAUAUGUUAAUCCUUAAUGCCAAUCCUUUGGAGGAUAUCACGGUCCUGGAUCGGGCUGAGCAGAGCAUUAUGGGUGUUAUCAAGGAUGGACGUGUUCUGAAGUCCCGCUGGGAGAAGUUGACCGCCGAAGCAUGA